CAGCUGAAAAUUGCGUGGGACGAGGCCCAGCGUAACUGGACCCAAAGUACGGCGUGCAACGAAUUGAUAGCCAUCUUACGUGAAAGUGCAUAUGUCCCUAAAACCACCAAGAACAUAGUAUGCUUCGGGCUGGGGGACCUGGAAAGGGGGAUGUCGGAUUUCGGCUUGAACUUUGUGGCAACUUGUGACGGCCUGCCGCUCCGGAGAUCCAUGACCCAACACGCCGCAGCACUCACAAUGGCUUCCGUUCUGGGCGAGCUUCUAGGCACUGGGCCUCUACCUAUUCUGGCCCAAGACCCGGCCUACUCACCGGCGUCAAAGCAAUUGCUGGCGGAUGAGGGCAUCAAGGUCGUGGGUGGCCGUGGCUCACUUGCCUUUACACAUGUAGACGAGCAAACGGUUGUGUUCAGUUGUCAUCCGAACAUUGCUGUGAAGCAGGUGGUGGCCGAUAUUGCGAGGCCAGCGGCCAUGAUCUGGGAUCGGGUGAAGCCAGAGACGGAGGAGAAAACGCAGUGGGAGGUUAAAGUAAUGUGGGGAGAAGAGGUCUUAUGCUCACCAUGGACGACGGAUCAGGAUUCGCCUCGCACCCGCAAACUGGUCGAGGAUUACGAUAAGUAUGAGUUUCCUGCAGAGCGUGAGCGUUUUGGAGAUUUGAAUAUCUACCUGCGC